AUGGCUCCACCUAAGAAGACAGUGAAGAUGGACUUGAACUCGUUCUUGAACGACGAUACGUUCGACUCGUCCUGGACAGAGGAGGACGUAGACUUGAACAAGAUCAACAUUCCAAUCGAGAGAACGACUCCAGCCAACGCGAUCCCUCUGGAGGAGAUCAAGGCUGCCGCCGGUGGCCGUGGUGGGUUCGGGCGUGGGGACAGAGGUUUUGGCGGUGGUGACAGAGGUUUCGGUUAUGGUGGUGGUAGUGGUGGUGCCUCGAGGCUAGACCCUGCGUUGCAAGGCGGUGAGAAGACCGGUGGGUUUGGUUCGUUUGGCGGUGGUGCUGGUGGUAGCAGGGGCCCCCGUGAGGAGUACCCGGUGCCCAACCACCCUCCAUACAGGGCCAUCAUCAACAACAUCCCAUGGGAUAUAUCCCCAGAGGGUGUCAAGGCGUGGGUCGAGGAUGGGCUCGGGAAGCAAGGUGCUGUCGACGACAUUGACCUGCCAACGGCUAUGGACGACCCAUCGCGGUUGAAAGGUAUGGCCUUCGUCGGGUUUAAGGAACGUGAGGAUCUGGUCACAGCGCUGACUUUCAACGCCACGAAAUUGAACGAACGUACCGUUUACGUUGCCGUUGCAGCACCAAAGAGAGGUGGGUUUGGUUUUGGUGGGGCCGAUGUCGACUGGUCCGGCGCACGCGGGUCCCAGUUCCAAGGGUCCGGUGGUGGUGACGAGGUUGAUAUCGACUGGGGGGCCGCCAGGGGGUCCAAUUUCAAGGCGUCGAGACCCAUGAGGGACGAGGCUAACUUGAACUGGGACGCUGUCAGGGGGUCUAAUUUCAAAGAAUCUAGAGCACCAAGAGAGGAGGCCAACUUGGAUUGGAACGCGGUUAGAGGUUCCAAUUUCAAAGAGUCUAGACCACCAAGAGAGGAGGCCAACUUGGAUUGGAACGCGGUUAGAGGUUCCAAUUUCAAAGAAUCUAGACCACCAAGAGAGGAGGCCAACUUGGAUUGGAACGCGGUUAGAGGAUCCAACUUCAAAGAAUCUAGACCACCAAGAGAGGAGGCCAACUUGAACUGGGGGGCCGCUAGAGGUUCCCAAUUCACGGGAUCUCAAAGAGAAAGACAAAGACAGCCCGCGCGCGACGAACCACAAUUGGACUGGGGGGCUGCUAAGGGCGCCCACUUCGGUAAGAAGACACAGGGAAAGAGAGCUUUCCCCGGAAAGCAGGCUGAGAAACCCGCUACCUCUACUGAGGAAAAGACAAAGAUUCAAAAAUCUGCCUACGAAGUGCUGCGCAGCGAGGAUGACGACGACGAGGACGACGAAGAAUCAAAGCAAGAAACUUCAGAGAAAAAGGACGAAGGUAACGUAGAUGAACUGGCCCAAAAGACCGCCUCUUUGUCCGUCACAGAAGGCGACAAUGACGAAUGGGAAGUCGUGGGUAAAAAAUAA